AUGGUGCGGACUGAUAUCACAAGAUACGCUCCUCGCAGAUGGGGACAGCCUAAAAUUAACACUAAUGCAGCUGUUGGGACAGGUGUGGGUUGGAUAGGGGCAUGGGCUGUGAUUUGUGAUCAGACAGAGACAAUGGUGGCGGCACAGAUGAAGAGAUCAGUGGGGGCGGUUUCUUGCAGACGAUGUGGAGGCCCCUGGAAGUUCGAGUUGUUGAAUGUUUCGUCGAAAGGAACAAAGAAAUGGAAGAGGGUGGAGGUAAAUCCGAAAGAUCAUGUACAUGUGCCUGUUUUUCCAAGUGGUAUGUCAACAGACUAUUAUGAUGAGGUUUUCAAUGAAUAUUUAUCAAAACUUACAAUGGAACAAUUUCCGGAAAAUAGACCUCUGUGGGAAAUUCACAUAGUUAAAUACCCAACAAGAAAUGCAGCUGAGAAUUUGAUAUUCAAACUUCACCAUUCACUUGGAGAUGGCUAUUCUUUAAUGGGAGCCCUUCUCUCCUGUCUACAAAGACUUGACAAUCCUUCUAUGCCAUUAACAUUCCCUUCACGCCAGCCUAACUCGAGGCCUAGUCGAAACAGCCACGACUUUUUCAAGCCCAUGUCCCAGUUCUUUUCAGGAUUGAUUAACACAGCAUACGAUUUCGGAUUGAAUCUGUUGAAGAGCAGUUUGAUCAAAGAUGAUAAAUCACCUAUUAGAUCAGGUGAAGAUGGAGUGGAGUUUCGACCCAUUGUUUUAACUACUACUACUUUUUCCAUGGAUCACCUCAAGCAAAUCAAGGACAGGCUUAAAGUGGCUGUUUCCCGAUUCAUCCAUGGCUCAUUGCAUAAUUCGAGCCUGGCAAUAUCAAAUAUGAUGGGGCCUGUAGAACCAAUGGCUUUAGCAAAUCGACCAAUUAAAGGAUUGUACUUUGCUGUGGCUGGGGCACCUCAGAGCCUUUCAGUAACAAUGGUGAGUUACGUGGGGAAGCUGAGAAUUUGCAUGGGAGUGGAGAAAGGUUUCAUAGACCCUGAGAAGUUCAAGUCUUGUAUUGAAAAUGCCUUCGAGGCCAUUUCCAAAGCUGCACUGGAAUCUCCCACUGAAACAAAAUUAUAG